UUUUUGUUUGAAUUUUGGGAUUGUCAGUCAGUUGUCAUUUGACAUUUGACAUUUGCUGAAAAAAUGGCUGGUGUGCUGGCGAGAGUAAUUCAGAGGACUAAGCCACAAUUGGGCAUUAUUGGCCCAUUGGUGAGCGUCGGCAAUAGCAAUGUUGCUGUUGUACGGUUCCAAAGCGCUAACGCUGCGCCUCAGGGCAAGCAGCGUGGUUCACCACUUUCUGACUGCGACAGAAUCUUUACGAACUUGUACGGGCGCCAUGACUGGCGUUUGAAGGCUGCGAUGGCCCGUGGGGACUGGUACAUGACCAAGGAAAUAUUGCUGAAGGGCAACGAUUGGAUUGUCAAUGAACUCAAGGUGUCAGGUCUCCGAGGUCGUGGUGGCGCCGGUUUCCCCACUGGAAUGAAGUGGUCUUUCAUGCAAAAGCCCUCAGAUGGCCGUCCUAAGUACCUAGUGGUGAAUGCUGAUGAGGGAGAACCUGGUACUUGCAAGGACAGGGAGAUCAUGAGGCAUGAUCCCCACAAGCUGAUUGAAGGAUGCCUGAUUGCUGGAAGGGCUAUUGGAGCUAUUGCUGCCUAUAUCUACAUCAGAGGAGAGUUCUACAAUGAAGCCAGUAAUCUCCAAGUUGCUAUUGCUGAGGCCUACCAAGCAGGUUUGAUUGGUAAGAACGCUUGUGGUUCGGGCUACGAUUUCGACGUGUUUGUGCACCGUGGCGCUGGUGCCUACAUUUGUGGUGAGGAGACCGCCCUCAUUGAGUCUAUCGAAGGCAAGCAGGGCAAGCCCCGCCUAAAGCCUCCAUUCCCCGCUGACAUCGGUCUCUUCGGAUGUCCCACCACUGUCAACAAUGUCGAGACUAUUGCUUGUUCACCUACUAUCUGCCGUCGUGGUGGAGCUUGGUUCUCAUCGUUUGGUCGUGUCCGUAACCACGGCACCAAGUUAUUCAACAUCUCCGGUCACGUGAACACUCCUUGCACAGUCGAGGAAGAAAUGAGCAUUCCCCUCAAAGAGCUCAUUGAGAGGCACGCCGGUGGUGUCAUCGGAGGAUGGGACAACUUGCUCGCUAUCAUCCCCGGAGGAUCAUCUACACCUCUCAUUCCAAAAAGUGUGUGCGAGACAGUGUUGAUGGACUUCGACGACCUGGUAGCUGCACAAACGGCCUUGGGUACAGCCGCCAUCAUCGUGAUGGACAAGUCUACGGAUAUUGUGAAGGCCAUAGCUCGCCUCAUCAUGUUCUACAAACACGAGUCUUGUGGCCAGUGCACGCCGUGCCGCGAGGGUGUCUCCUGGAUGAACAAGAUUAUCUACAGAAUGGUUGACGGUAACGCUUCGCCUAAAGAAAUCGACAUGUUAUGGGAAAUCUCUAAACAAAUUGAAGGUCACACAAUAUGCGCUUUAGGAGACGGUGCAGCGUGGCCCGUACAGGGCCUUAUUCGACACUUUAGGCCUGAGUUGGAGCGCCGUAUGGCGGCCUACGCCAGCGCCAACGGGCCAAGCAAGGCCGAGCGACUUUAUUAGUAUAGCCAACUAACAACUUGACACACUAAUAUCAACUUGCAAUAUGUUGAGAGAUACAGAACGCAUUAUGUAUUUAACGGCGGACAAACUUGUACAAAGAUUUUAUUUUAAUAUAAUAAAGUUGUUUUUUUAUGCUACAAUUAUGUUUAAAUCAGAUUUUUGAUGUGUUGUCCUUUUACAGGAGUUUAUAUACAAGUGUGUAAAGAAACUUUUUGAAGUUUCAAGUUGAAAUGGAAUAGGUAACAAUGAAAAUCGAAGUACUGUUUAAUGGUUCUAUAUUUCACAACAUAUUGCAAUAUCGAAAUUAAUUGUACAUAGUGACGUCAUAGGCUCGCAGAUAACGUGUCACUAUCAUUAUUUAUUAUUUUUUAUCUAAUUUUCAUUUUUGUUUUUUUUUAUUUUACAUUUUCCUCUUAUUUCUCUUAAGAGUAUAUAAUAUGUGAUAACCGAUAAUUUUCAUCAACAUAUGAGACGUAUUUUUAUAUUACAACGUACAAUCGGCAAAUUGUUUAGAACCACUGGUAGUUAUUGUUUACAA